GUUUCAACCCGGUGUCCGAAAAGUUUUGAAAUAAAAACAACAUAAAAUUGUUGUCAACCAAAUACAGAAAAAGUGCAAUGCCUGUCCCGCUUCCAGAAUCUGACUCCGAGGAUGAGCUUCCGCCAGCCUGGGAAGAACGGGCAACCAACGAAGGAUUUGUUUAUUACGUUCAUCAUCAGAGCAAAACAACCCAAUGGACUCAUCCCAGAACGGGGAAAAUCAAAAGGGUUUCCGGAGAACUUCCACUAGGUUGGAGCAAACAAGUGGAGGAAUCUACAGGAAAAACUAUUUUCAUUGACAAAGCCACCGAGCGGAAAUCAUACAUCGACCCUAGGCUGGCUUUUGCAGUGGAAGAAUCUCCCCAGGUGAUCGGAGAAUUACGGCAACGUUUUGACAGCGGAACAAAUGCAUUACAAGUUUUACAUGGUCGGGAUCUUAGCGGAAAAAUUGCAUUGAUUACCGGGGCAAACACCGGGAUUGGAUAUGAAACAGCACGUUCUCUUGCUCUACAUGGUUGUGAGGUCAUAUUCGCAUGUCGAAACGAGAAAGCAGCGAAACAAGCUAUUGCAAAGUUAACCGCAGAGAAAGACAAUGCAGGAAAGAGAUGCAAUUUUAUAAAACUCGAUUUAUCAAGUUUGCGAUCCACGAGAGAAUGUGCACAGCAAGUGAAGGCUCAAUACGCGCAUAUUGAUUUGCUAAUCCUUAACGCCGGAGUGUUUGCUUUACCCUACAGUACGACGGAAGAUGGUUUCGAAACAACAUUCCAGGUUGCACAUUUGUCUCACUUUUACCUUACCAACCUUCUUUCCAAUCUGUUUGACCACACCACAAGAGUCGUCGUGGUCUCAUCCGAAUCGCAUCGCUUCAGUACACUCCCGACGAGAGAUUUGACGGAAGGUGAACUUUCGCCUCCACCCAAUAAAUUCUGGAGUAUGCUGGCGUACAACAAUGCAAAGCUAUGCAAUGUGCUUUUCGCGUUCGAACUGGCGAAGCGUUGGCAAAAUCGCGGUAUCUGCGUGUUUGCAUUACACCCUGGUAACAUGGUUUCGUCGCAUCUUUCGCGCAACUGGUGGUGGUAUAGAUUUAUUUUCGCGAUAGUUCGACCGUUCACCAAAUCACUCCAACAAGCGGCCAGCACUACGAUUUACUGUGCCACCGCACAUGAGCUGAACGGACUGACCGGGUUGUAUUUCAACAAUUGCUACGUUUGCAAUUCAAGUGUGCUUUCGAGAAACGAACACCUGCAGCAAAGUCUUUGGGAGCUCAGCACAAAAAUGAUAGAGCAAGCAUCGAAAUGAAUUUAUGCAUUCCUCUAAUCAAUCAUUAUUGACAUCAUCGGUCUAAUUUUGAUUAAUAUAAAAUUGUGUGAUACUGAUA